AGUUUCCCCAGGCUGCCUCAGAGUGGAUGGAAUAAGAAGCAGUGCGUGUAUCAGCAGAUGCCCAUUUUAACGUUAUUUCACUCCGUGCGCUCAAUUUCGCAUGUUAAAAGCCCCGAUUUCCCCAGCGCCAGAACAGCUGUCCGACUCGCACUUCAUUCAUAGGAGUCCUGCUCGUGGGAUAAUAAGAAAAACGCUUGCUAGGGAUUAAAGAGGGUCAUCCAGUCACACUCAGUCCUGUGUGGUCAGAGCCAUUUAAGGAGGCAUCCUGUGGAUUGCAUCCAGUCUUCCACUUUGGAGCGGCAAGGCUGCCUGCCAGUUUCAACUCUGCAGUGUCCACACCAAGGGCUGGGCAUUUCACUCCUCUAACCAACCUUGGUGAGACAUGUUGAGGCUGUAGUAGGCCUUUUGUAGGACAUAGCAUUGAUCUUGAGCCUCUGAUCCUCUCUUCAGUCAUGCAUCUGGAGGUAAAGGUUGCAUUGAACUUCAUAGUGUCCUACUUGUACAACAAGCUCCCACGACGACGGGCAGACCUGUUUGGGGAGGAGCUGGAGCGCAUCCUGGUGUCACGUUUUGAAGGGCACUGGUACCCUGAGGCACCUCUCCGUGGUUCAGCUUUCCGAUGCCUGCACCUAGGAGCCCCUAGGGACCCUAUAGUGGAUCUGGCAGCAAGAAGAAGCGGGUUAGACACAGAAGAAGUCCGUGCCAAUGUCCCUCCAGAGCUGAGCAUUUGGAUUGACCCUUAUGAAGUGUCCUAUCAGAUUGGAGAGAAAGGUGCUGUUAAGGUGCUCUACAUGGAGGAUCCUCCAGGGUUGGGAGGUGAGGGUGAAAUAUCAGAGGGUAUUGGAGCCAUGGCUAAAGGAGAUCUGGAGCUGGAGGAAGGGAAGAAUUUGGGCUUCAACCCUGAAGCUCAGGUGUUUGUGCCCAUUGGUGGCCAGGUGUCUCCAGUCAUGCUGGCUUCUCUCUCUAGUUCACCCACUCCACUCUGCCAGGGUCUGUUCAGCUACGCAGGCCCAAGUACACCAACCAAUCCUAAUGCUCACUCUAACGCUUCCUCCCCUUCUCCACCCAGCACAGGGCUGCCAUACCCUCAUCCAGCUGCCACACCCAGCUCCCGCCCAGCUCCCCAGCAAAUCACCUUCACCACGGCCAGCUUUGCUGCCACCAAGUUCGGGUCCACCAAGAUGAAAAAGUGUGGGGGGUCUGGGGUGGUGGGUGGACCUGGCAGUGUUGGUGUUCCUCAGCAGCGAAUGCUGAGCCACUCUCCCACUACCAUAUCUCCCCCAGGGCUGGUGAAGCACAAGCCCAUUUCCCUCUCAAUGCACUCCCUGGCUGGCCAGGUUUCAAGCCAGCUUUCCCCAAAUGCCAAAGAGUUUGUCUACCCCACUGCCCAGGGGUCCCUCUACUUUGACACUGAAGCGCCACCCUUGACCCACACUGGCCCAUUCCAAGCACCACCCCCACAUCCUGCCCACCCUCAUGCAUCCUUUGACCCAUUCUCCAGCCCACCUCCAGGCCAAGCUGUGGGUGUCAUUGGCAGCAGCAGUGGGAUUUCCUUCAUGGAGAAGCCACCAUUUGUGGAGGGUCUUGGUGGGUACAACCUGCAGUAUUCCAGCCAAGCCUUCCAGCCUGUAGUGUUGGCCAACUGAGUUGAAGCUAUGGAGUGUUAGAGAUACUAAUACAGAAACACUUUUGAAAACUCUUUUUUCACCAGUUGUUACUAAUACAAAAAAUGUAAGUUAUGACUACUAGGACCACAAUUACCAGUGAUCCCCCCCCCUCCAUUGUUUUCAAGGGUAUUUCUUUUGUCCUUAUUCAACUUUCUCCUAUGCCUGGAGAGUAACCAGCCUCCUACUGCACAGAUGUUUUGAUGUUUUGCAUUGAAUGUUAUGAGGAAAAGGUCAUUUUAGUCAGGUGUUCUUCACCCACAUAUAGUUCUCUCUGGUAGAGCAGUGUGGGCACUCUAGCAUAGCCCCAUGCAAAGAUUUGGCUCUAGAAUGAUGCAUGCUGUUCAUCGUUCUGGUUUGGUUGAAACCAAAGGCUAGGAUCUUGCCAUGUGGUCUAGUAAUGCCAUGUCACAGUUGGAUUUUUUUUUUUUUUUUUUUUUUUUUUUGUGCCAACACAAGUGUCUUACAAUCCUCCUUAUACCCCUGUCUCUCCACUCCCUGUGGCUUGUGUUGUUGGUCAGGGCUGUGAAUGCACACAGAACACCUGAUGUCUGAAUUUAGUGGAGUUUUCUCAUGGGACUGUAUGCUUUUAUAAGCUAAAUAUCGUUGUAGAGGAGUCAAAAGGUGGUAAUGCUUUAAAGACUGAAUCUGUUCAGGAAGACUGUGUUUUCAUAUUCCGAAAGCCAUAAACAUGGUUUGAAGCAGGAGGAAGGCAAUGAUGUUGACUGUUAAUCAGGCUAAUCUUUGUCUCUUGCACUUGUGCGCACAGUGUUGGUCAGCAGUGCAUGAAGGUGAGAGGGCGGUACUGGGGUGGAUGGAAUGCAGUAUAGCAGAAGGGUUUGUGAUAAAUGGCUUAGCGUGGCUUUGGGGAGGAGAAGGAGCGAGGACAAAAGGGAUGUGUGCGUGUUUUGUGAAAGAAUAUGGGCAGCUAUAACCUUGGCAUUAUCAAACUGGCAGUAGCUCAAAUGGGAGUUGCAAAAUGUGACAUGAGCUGAGCUCGUCAUCCUGUCCUUUACAGUUCCAUUUGUAAUUGCUAGUCAGCCAUAAUAUGGAAUUGGGGGUAAACAUUGGCUUGCAACGGGGACUAUGAAUGUGAUUAAUCAUUAAGUGAUUGGUUAUCCGUUGCAUUUGAAUAAGCAGAACAGCCAUAUUCUAGUCAUGAAGGGCCAAGCAUGCUACAGUUUUCCAGGUAAUUUUUCAACAAUCCCAAACAUUCCUUUGGAUCCCAGGUAGUGUUCUGUUGGGCCAGUUUAUGACCCCUCAUUCAUUCAUUCAGCACUUUACCUGUUGAGUUUCUCAAUCAGAGAGGGCUAUUUCUGUCCUGUCUGAUCUUUUAAUAGCCAACAUUACCAAGUGCAGUAAUUUGAUAAAUCAGAAGAUUGGGAGUGAAAACUGCCACACCCAAGCUGAAUGUCACAUGCCAUCUCUAAAUCUGUAACUACAAACUCCACAGCAGAAAUGCUUGGACCCCUUCACAUUGCAACGUGAAAGUCAAUUUAAUUUAGUGAUCCGAUUGUUCAUUUUGGGUGGGGUCACAAUUUGUCAUCAUUCUGACCGAGGUGAAACGGUGUAUUUUUACAUUUGUUUGUAAUUUAUUUAGAUUUUUCUAUAUUUUUCCCUGUUUUUUCAAGAGUUCUCUAUGGCAUUUGUAAAAGAUAUACUAUGACAUGUAUAUAUUUCUUAUGUUAAGAUAUCCUUUAUUUAGUUUCUUAUGUGCUGAGGUUAUUUUUUCAGAAAUAACUAUAAAUGAAUAUAUAUGCAAGUUGAAACAAAUAAAAUGUGUUUAACAAAGUAUUGAAUGUGUAUUUUACCUUGUACAGACAUUGUGAACUGAAGACGGGUAAAUGUGGGGAGUUCAUGAUUUUCUUUUGAGCAUCCUUUAGGUAGGAUUUGAAUGUUGACAGUUGGCUGGAUUAAGAGGGAGUUUAUGACCACUUGUCUGUGCACCCUGAGGGCCGUCUGAAUUCUUGAACAGCCUGAGUAUGCUUAAUAUUAAAGCAAUCUUCAUAAUGGUCUACUUUAAUUAUCAGAAUUUUGGCUUUUUUAUGGAGCACAGCAUGAAGAUCUUUUGGGCAUUUGCCUGGUCAUUGCAGUAAAGCCUUCUAAAUGUUGAGCAGAAGCCUCAUUUCUGGUUAGCUUGUUCAGGUACUGGCUGGUUGAGCAUCACUGUGGCCUGCCGUGAAACCUUUUUAAAGAGCUUCCUUUCCAUAGACAGAAACCAUAUUUUGAGAAAUUGGCUCACCACUGACUAAUUGAAAUCUAAAUGGAUGGAAUUUCUCUCAGCAACUGAUCAUAAAUUUCAAUAGAAAGUGGAAUUUGCAAACUGCAAUACAUUAAUGCAUUUGGCAAACUCAGAGGGGUAGGCCAAUGUAGAGUUAGAAGUCUUGCCCAAGGACUCUUAUUGGAGAUGAACUAAUUCUAGUCAGAUUUGAAGGGCAAUGAAGCCUAAGCUAACAAAUGAAAUAUCAAAGCGGGGUUAAAUGGCCACCUUUUGUCUGUAUACGGCAAAAACCUGAGAUCAGCACUGCGGAUUAGAGGAGAAAGCUACUGGAGGUGUUCACUUGGGUCCUGUAAAGUGAGGUCAAUCAGUACUGCAGUCCUUUGGGUAUGAACAUUUCUGUGCUCAUACAAGCCUCUUUUCUUUCACCUUUAAAAAAAAAAAAAACCGCCCUUUUUUUUGCAUUGUAUGAAUUUCCUCAUGAAUGGACCAACAGUAGAGGUCCGAAUUUGCUUACAAUAAAAUGUUGGUGACCUAAAGAGCAUUUCCCCCUUCUUCCUUUAUGAACUUACCAUUUAGAGAUAUGGAGGAGUCUUAACAGUACAUAGUAAGAGAUUUAACUUUGCAGGGCUGGCAUUUCACCUCACAUUUCCACCCGACAGCUUGCACUACCUGUAGACCAGGUGUGUGCCUUCUGUAGGUGAAAAUGGGCUGUUUGCAUACAUGUUACUUUUUUCUCUGUAAUGAUAGGAUGAAGGUUUUUGGAGUGAUGUGUGAUGGAAUCCCGAGAAGAGAUUAACCGGACGUGCUGUGAAUGUUCUGCUCUGUGUCUGUCGAUCAUGGUCUGGGCGGUGUGUGGCCUCAAUAGACGUCUGCUGAUCUGUAUUGAGAUUUGAAUAUUUUCUUUUUCUUUCUUUCUACGCAAAUGGAGGAAGAUGAUGGUCUUAGUGGCUUAAUCCUUAGUGGGAACAAUAACAGAGUUGCAUGCUGCGUCAGUUUCUAAGACCAAGGCUGGCUGAUGCAAUGUUAUUAUUGCAAUAAAUUACAGUAUGCUUUUUCUGAGCUUAAUACAGGUAUCAAGUUCUAGAACACUAUUCUCCAUCCACAAGAAACAUGUAGACCAAAUGCAGGGAAGAAUUCAAAGAGAAAUUCAGUGUUAAAGGAAAACUGCCUAGCAACAAGCAGCCGAUUGGAUGUUAGCCCAUUAGCUGUUAGCUUAUUUUUUAAGAAACAUAUUUUUCCUGCUGUUCUGUUACAUUAUGAAUAAAACAUUAAGUCUUUUGUACUCGUAGGACAGUUUUUCAUCAUAUUCAGCACUGCUGCUUUGCUGGAGCGUUGUCUGUUCCAACUUGUUAGCAAACCUCAGCAGACUAGCCUAAAUACUGUGAUGCAUGUUGUGUUGUGAAGAUGUUUUAGUUUGGCAAUACUGCAUUUUUUUGCCGUAUCGCUCAGCCCUACUUGGGACAUUGACUAAAAUAUACAGAUGAUGACUGAGGUGUAUUCAGAGAUCCUCAGCGCUGAAUUAGCUUCGUUUUGUAGUUCCUGGUGACUGCUGUUAGGAUGGAAAGUUCUGGAGUUCACCCUAAAUCAGCACUUUGUGGUUGCAGGCUCAGUAAAAGGAAACUCCUCCAUUUAUAAAAAAAAAAAAAAAAAAAGUCUGCAUAAUUAAAUGGUUAAUGCAUCGUCAAAACCAUUUAGAGUGGUUU